AUGCCAUACAAGGAAGGAAAACCCGCUGCUCAAACUGCGCUUCUCUUCUUCCAUUUCCGUCAUUUCUGCGUCUCGGCUGUGAAUAUGGGCCAAGGCGGGCACAUCGUGUUGGUGAACGCCACACCGUACGCAUGGCAUCUGGCAUCUCACUUGUUGGAAUCUAUGGAAUGGGAAUUCCCGCGGGAUGCUAGCGUCGUUGAGUCUUAUACCAGCAAGCGUGUCUACGUCGAAUCCAGGGCUUCUGCCAGUCGGGCCGCAGCGACUUACAGACUUGACGGUCGUCAUGAGACCUUCACAAUCCAGGCCAGGUCCAUCAGCCUCCAAGUUAGCAUGGACAAUUUUGGCACCAUGAAUGCCGCCCAAGGCUCAGUAGUGCAGCUUGGGCUCAUCUCCAAUCGCCCAUCCUACUUCGUUCUCUCCGGCGAGGGUGGCGAUUACCACUCGGUCGGCAACGCGCGAGACUGGAUGAGCCAGAAUUUGAGCACACUGGGUUCUCGCAAACUGCGCGACAUCUGCGUUCCCUCCUCUCACGACUCGGGAAUGUCCAGGGUGCCUUGGAGCACGGCAUUCGCAGCCGUUGGGUCUGUCGCAACACAGUAUGUGUCCGUCGAGGAGCAGUUGAAGUUCGGCGUGCGUUACUUCGAUAUACGCCCAGUCCAGCACCGAGGCCAGUGGGCUUGCGGUCACUACUCCUUCAUCAAUGCGCCUUCCAAGUGGCAUUUCUUCCCACCUUUCGACACAUGGCAGGGAGGCGACGGCGAAUCGUUGCAGGACAUCAUUGACGGCAUCAACAGGUACACGUUGGAGUCGCACGAGUUAAUCGUGCUCAACAUAUCCGAGGCAAGAGUGAUCAAGGAUGUGAGCGGCAAUUUUCGCCGCGACGAUUUCGUAGACCUUGAUGCCGCGCAUUGGAAUCUCCUCCUGGAUAAAAUGACAAACUCUGAGACCGGAAUUCAAUGCUUAUGGAAACCGGAGACUGGUCCUCCGCCAGCUCAAGACCUUACAAAUCUUACCCUGCAUAAUCUGAUUGGCUGUGGCUCUUCGGCAGUCCUAGUAUUGGUGCACAAUGGUGUUGACGUCUCUGGUCGACCUGGAGUUUUUCAUUACUCGAACUGGCCAUUUGACGCUUCGGCCUGGGACAAACCCGAGGCCGAGCGGAUGAAGGAGUUUCAACAGCACAUGUUGACGGAAAACCCAAGGUCGUUUACCUUCUCGGGCUGUCACACCCAGUCAGACACGGAGGCUGUCUUGACGACGUUGGGACAGAGUUCAAGCUUUGUCCUGUCUCUCGCCACUCCGUCCAAGGACCGCCUAUUUACUGAGCUUUUCGACUGGUGUACAAGGGAAGGUAAAUACCCCAGCUCUUUGGUCCUUGAUGGUAUCGAUAGCAGUGACUUGGCAGCUUUAUGCAUGGCAUUUAACGAUGCCCACAAAGCUAGAUUUAGAUAG